GCACUUUGCAACUUCAGCCGCUUUUAACGUUCCGCUGCUUUGUUUUCCCGCUGCACGUCAGCCAUGGGGCAGUCAGGAGGAAAGAUGCCAGGCAACCUGCAGCUGGCCAAGGGCGAGCCGAGGCCCAAAGGCUGCUGCGAGUCGCCGAAGGGCGGUGAGGUCAACUUCACCAUCGACGCGCCGGGACGGGGGUCUGUGUGGCUGUACCUGCUCCUGCCUGAAGGCCAUGAAGGUGCAUCAACUCUUGAAGGAGUGGAUUCUUCCGGUGGGGAGCUCUACGUACAGCUGGAUCCAUCCACCAACAAAACCGGAGAUACGUGGCACGUGAAGCUGACUUUGCCUGGCGGCUUCGACCCAAAGGGAGCGAAGUAUAUGUGGAUCCUGGAUCCCAAGUUGGACCAGCAUGGGCUUCCAGAGGCCAAUGCCGUGCGUAUCCUGGACCCUUGCGCCAAGUGUUUGGACAGCCGCUACGCCAAAGACUGGAACAAGCGAGGUGGUCCCAAGUUCUCGCCCAUGGCAGUGGUCCCUGACCGCCGGGCCAUCUACGAGUUCGACUGGCAAGGCGUGAAGCCGCCAAACCUUCAUUUGAAGGACUUGGUCAUCUACGAAGCACAUGUGCGCGGUUUCACUCGGAAUCCGGACAGCAAGCUGCAAGAUUGGGACGCUACUGCCGGCACAUUUUUAGGUUUCAUCCAAAAGAUUCCCCACUUGCUCAAGCUGGGGAUCAAUGCUGUAGAGUUGUUGCCAGUCUACGAGUUCGAUGAGACUGCUUGCCCCAGGAAGAACCCGGAGAACGGCGAACAAUUGUGUAACUUCUGGGGCUACUCUACAGUCAACUUUUUCGUGCCGAUGCAGCGCUUCUCUUCGCGUGACCGAAUCGGCGCGGCGAUCGUGGGCUUCAAGACGCUGGUGAGAGAGCUUCACCGGCAAGGCAUCGAGGUGAUCUUGGACGUGGUCUUCAACCACACCGCCGAGGGUGCGUGGGGUGAGCAUUUCUGGCACAGCUGGGCGGCGAUUGCCAAGAACCGCUACUACAUUCUCAGCAAUGGCCAGGACACAAACUACACAGGUUGCGGCAACACCGUGAAUGCGAACGACCCCAUGUGCUCUGACUGGAUCGUGGAAUGCCUGAGUUAUUGGGUCGACGAGAUGCACGUGGAUGGCUUCAGGUUUGAUUUGGCCUCCGCCCUCACAAGAGGGAAUGAUGGCAAGGUGUCCAUGGAUCCACUGCUGAUCAAGAAGAUGGCAAAUGAGCCCAAGCUCAAGAGAGCAAAGUUUAUCGCAGAAGCGUGGGACUGCUCCUGGCCGGAUGGCUACCUGGUGGGAAAGUUUCCAUCUGGUGGACCUCCCAGAUGGGCCGAAUGGAACGGCAUCUUCCGCGAUACGAUACGCUGCUUCAUCAAGGGAGACGAGGGCAAGAAGGGGGACUUCGCCACCAGGAUUUGCGGAAGCUCGGACCUCUUCAAGCACAAUGGCAGGAAGCCUUUCCAUUCCAUCAACUUCAUCACUGCCCAUGAUGGCUUCACACUGAAGGAUCUUGUCUCUUACAACGGCAAGCACAACACCUGCAACGGUGAGAAUAGCGGAGAUGACCACAACAACUCAUGGAACUGUGGCCACGAAGGUGACACAGGUGAUGGGGGCGUGAAUCACCUCCGCAGCCGUCAGAUCCGGAACUUUAUGGUGGCUUUGUUUAUGAGCGCCGGAACGCCCAUGAUUCUCUAUGGUGAUGAGUAUGGCCGUUCCCAGCGGGGCUGCAACAACGGCUGGUGCCAAGAUGCGCGCUGCUGGUUUUCUUGGAGUGACUCUGAGAAACAAGAGAACAAUCUCAUGCGCUUCGUGCGGCUGUUGAUCUCCUUGAGGAAGCAAUAUGCCGGCAUCUUCAACAGGGAAGAGUUCAUGUCCAACAAGGACAUUUGGUGGCGAGUUCACUGGGAUGAUCCCUACAACUACAUUUGCUAUGUCCUUCACGACCACCACGCCACAGGUCAAGGCUAUGCUGGCUUGAUGGUAGCAUUCAACGCGGGCCAUGAGGUGAGAUGUUGCGACCUGCCGCAAGAUAAGCCUUGGUACCGCAUCAUCGACACCAACCUGCCAGCACCAAAGGACAUCUGCGAGAACGAGGCCUCGUCGGUGAAGAUCACCUCGCAGUCCUACGUGAUGCAGCCCUACAGCUGCAUCGUGCUGAAGACCUACUCCGACAAAAAGUCGAUCAAGGAGUAUGCCAGGACAGAUGCGGAGUACGGCGCCCAUCAGGACAUCAACCGGCACAUGAAGGAGGUCAUCAAGCGCCGGAUGUCCAUGGAGUUUACCUCCAGUACGGGCACACCCCACAUCCAGGACAUCGGCAAGCGGCAAAGCAACGAAGCCAUGGAGCGCAUGCAGUCCAUGGUGCGCAUGAGAUCGCUGAUGUCCGGUGCCUUCAUGGACGCGAUCGAGGAGGGCGAGAGCUUGGAGACCAAAAAGGAGGAAGCGUUCCAGCCCCCGCCCAGAAAGCCGUCGCGCGAGCAGGUCCAAAAGAAGCCAUCGAAGCUGCCGCUGCCGGCAAAGCCCGCGACAGGAGGGGAGGGCGCGAAGGUCAUCGACACAGACCUUGGGGACAAGCGAGUGGAAGCCAUCCUUUACCCGGACGGCGCUGAAGGUAGAGUGCUGGAAGUGAGGGCCAAAGGCUUUGGCGGAGGGGAGCUCAUCUUUCACUGGGGUCUUAUUGAGAGCUUCGGCGCCGGCUGGUCCAAUGCUCCGGAGCAGGUGUGCAAUGCCAGCUGGCCGGACAAGACCAAGACCUUCCCAGGGGCCAAUCAGACGGUUUUCUCGGAUGCGGAGGACGAUGGGUUUAGGCGCGUGAUGAUCCCCUUCCCCCGCAAUGUGAAGGUGAAGGCGGUAAACUUCGUGCUGCACCAGCCUCCCAAGGGCUGGCACAAGCCUGGGCAUCAGGACUUCACGGCGGAGUGGCCACAGGCGGAGUCCUUGUUCAGUGCUGCUGCUGACCGCGCGACGGAAGCGGAGUCUGGCAAGUGGUGCCAGCUGGUGGCGGCGCUUCACUCACUCAUCAGCCGAUGUUGCCGGUGUUUUCAGAGGAGGUCGCCUGAGGAAGUGUAUUUCGACCAGUCCGUGCGAACCACUCGCUGGAAGGUGAGGGGCGGUAACUUGAUGGGAGUCGGAGCGGUCUGGGCUGAAGGUGCCCUGGUGCAUUUCGUGACCGACCUGGACACUGAGCUGAUGCUCCACUACGGGCCGGGGGAUGCCUACAACAAGUGGGUCUUCGCGAGAUCGGAGAACUUCCGGAGCGCUCCGGAGGAUGGGGUCAAAGAGAUCGUGGUGAAGCUGAAGCCGGAGGAGGUGACCAAGAAGUUCAUGUUUGUUCUGAAGUUCCCAGGCAACACGUGGGUGAAGGACGGCGCGGACGACUUCAAGCUCUGGUUGCCAGAGGAUGAGUCUCUAGUGCAGGCGCGGCUAUCGAAGGAAGCGGAGAAAGAAGCCAAGGCGCAGGCCAAGAAGGAGGAGGUCAAGCAGAAGGCGCAAAAGAUGGCGAGCAACUUCGACCAACAGCUUCAGCAAUUCCGUCAGAGCCGACCGGAGCGAAAGCAGUCCGGCAAGAUCCACUUCCAAAGUAUCACCUUGUCAGAGCAGGCAGGAGACGUGGACGUCGCCUGUCGUCGAGCGGGCGACGGCUUCGUGGUGCAAAUUACCGGCUUCCUGCAUCCGGACAAGGCUGGGAGCUCUGCUUUGCUGCACUGGGGCGUCUUGAACGACUUCCGUGACCGACACUGGCACUGCCCUCCGGAGGAGUGCUUGCCGGACGGGAGCAAAAUCAUGGAUGCCAAGGCCUGCCAGACUCCUUUCGAACUGGACGACGGCAUAUUGCGCCUGGACAUCUCGCUGCCCACGUCCACCAUGUCCGAUGGCGCCUGCGUUCCGGCGAUCCCGGGCAUGGCCUUUGUCAUCCGGGUGCCGGAGAAGGACAAGUGGCUGAAGUGCGAGGAUGGGAAGGACUGUGUGGCCUUCUUCCGGGAUCCCCCGGCCAAGCAAGGAUGGAAGGGUGGAUGGCAAGAGCAGGUGAACUUUAUCAUCGAGUCGGAGACCAAAUGGGGCCACAUGACCCUCAUGCACAGAUACAACAAUUGUCGUGACAUGAUUCAAACCUGGUCCAGCCGAAGCAACACUGGAGAGGCAGCUAUGAGGCGCAUGCCCUCGUGGUCAGCCACCUUCAACAAAGACGCGCUGCGGCGUGCUUCCUGGUCAAGGCUACCAUCAGCCUCCCUUCUGAUUGACCCGGAGGAGGAGAAAUCCGAGGAGCAGGAUGAUGAGCUUUGGAGCUGGAUCUUCGUUUGGCAACGGUUCUCUUUCAUGCGGCUGCUUGACUGGCAACGCAACUACAACACCAAGCCUCGAGAGCUUGCCGGUGCCACUGAUUCUUUGGCCAACAAGAUCUGCAGCGUGUGGAAGGAGUAUCCGAACAUCCGUCUGUGGGCACGUUGGACUCUCGCGACCAUUGGAAGAGGUGGCAAUCAGGGCCAGGCAAUCCGAGACGAGAUCUUGCACAUCAUGCAUCGGAACAAGAUCCCUGAGACGAAGGGCCAUUUCUAUGAAGAGUGGCACCAGAAGCUGCACAACAAUACCACCCCGGACGACGUGGGCAUUUGCAAGGCGCUGCUGGCCUUUCUGCGCACGGGCGGGAAGAUGGAGGAGUACUGGAAGGUGCUCCAUGACCACGGCAUCACCAAGGAGCGGCUCGCCUCCUACGAGCGAUCCAUCACCAAGGAGCCGUACAUGCACGGUGAUGCUGGGCGGCUCAUCAUGGAGUUCGAGAACUACCUGAGGAUCCUGCAAAGCGUCCAUGAUGCCCUGGACUUGAAAACGGCCAUCGAUGCAGCCAAGAGCUGCUUGCCCAAGCAGGUCAUGGAUCAGCUCCAGGAGAUCUCGGGCAGCGACGCCAAGAUGAAGCGUUCCCGCUCGCUUGGAAGCCUGGACAAGGAUUCUCAGGAAAAGAGUCACCAAAGAUUCAUGAAGCUCGCGGAGGCUCGAUUAGGCAUCCUGGGAAUUCUGAACGACUCCAAGACAGAUGUCGGAGUCAUUCGGCAGCUUCUGCUCUUGGACUACUCUUUGGAGACUCAGCAGAGUGUCAUCGCCCAGGGCAACACCGACGAGACGCGGCUCCCAACCCUCUGCGAGCAGAUGAAGGCCUUCCUGACCUCCGUGGUGGGGCACAUCCCUUUGCACGGGGAGCUCCGAGCAUUGCUGGUGGACUGGACUCAGCUUGCCCCGGAAUGUGCCAACCUGAAGUUCGGCGCCGGCCCCGCGGAGAGCGCCUUGAUGCUGAAGGCCCUCUGUGACCGCCUGGCCCGCGUGGUGGGCGAGCAGGUGGACACGUUCCAGACUCUGCUAGCUCCCAAGGCGACCACUUUGGGCCAAGCAGUGGGAGUGGAGAAGAAUGUUCUCGAGGUCUUCGUGGAUGAGGUCCUUCGCGGGAGCGCGCUCUUUGCGCUGAGCCUCAUCCUGAAACGCCUGGAGCCGCAGCUGCGGAGCAUCGCGCAGCUGCCGCCGUGGCAGAUGAUCUCCGCUGUCGACCACCCCGUCCAGGGCGAGUUGGUCUCCGUACCGCGGAUGCUCCACAUGCAGGACAAGAUCUUCGAGACGCCCACAAUUAUGCUCAGUGGCCUCGUCAGUGGUGAGGAGGAAGUUCCAGUGGGCGUGCAGGCGGUGCUGGUCCGAGACGCCAAGUCCGCACCAGACAUCCUCAGCCACUGCGCGGUGCGCGCGCGGAACUCCGGGGUGCUCCUGGCGUCCUGCUACGACUCCACCCUCACCGAAAAAAUCGAAGCGGAGCUCUUGGGGCAAUGGGUUCAGGUGGUUUGCUCUGCGGACGGCUCCGUGGAAAUCAAGGCGGCUGAGCGCCCGAUGGCGGACCCCAAGCGCAUGCGCAUGAUGGCCAGAAGUGCCAGCCGCGACCUCACCCAGGAGCUGAUGUCCAAAGAAACAGACUCAACCAAGCUCGUGAACAUGAACCUAAAGGAAGACUUUGGGUGCAAAUGGGUCGUCACGCCUGAGAAGAUGGACAAAUCGAAGGUGGGUAGCAAGAGCCUAAAUCUGGCGCUGCUAAAGCCGCAGCUGCCGAAGGAUAUCCUGACGCCCCAAGCAGUGGCGAUGCCGUACGGCUCGAUGCAGAAGGCGUUGACGAGCAGAGAAAAUGCCAAGGAGUGGCUCUCGAAGCUGGAGGCGUGCCUGGCCCAGCUGCAGCCCACCAGUAGCAACGAGGAUGCCAAGACCAUCUUCCAGGAGGCCCAGGUCUAUGUGAACGCUUUGCAGAUGCCAUCGGAGCUGGACCAAGCUCUGCGAAGCGCCAUGGAAGAGGUGGGCAGCAAGGAGGGCGAGAAGCGCCUGCUGAAUUUGUACCACCGGGGCGAUGCCUGGGAUGCCACCAAGCAGGUGUGGGCCUCUCUCUUUGGCUUGCGGCCCUGGGUGUCUUUGGCCAAGGCAGGUCGGAGCUUCUACGACCUCAACAUGGCCGUGCUCGUGCAGGAGCUCCUGCCAGCAAAGUACGCCUUUGUGCUGCAUACCAAGAACCCCUUCACCAAUGAUCCCAAUGAAGUCUACGGCGAGGUGGUGCCAGGUAGAGGUGAAACCUUGGUAGGCAACUACCCGGGGCGCGCCCUGAGCUUUCGAGCAAGGAAGGGCGAAACGCCAGUGGUGACCUCCUUCCUGAGCAAAAGCACGUUGCUGCGGACACAGGAGUGUCUCAUCUUCCGGUCUGACAGCAACGGAGAGGACUUGGAGGGCUUCGCUGGCGCCGGCCUCUUCGAAUCGAUCUGUGCGACGUCGGACAUUCCUUGCAUGGUGAGGUUCCACCGGCUACGACUACUUACAGACCAUAGCUUUCGUUGGCAUCCCGUGCGCCGCGGAAUGGGGAAUCGAGUUGAGUCAGGCCAGACCCUGCUCAGCAAACUGGCGGAGGCGGGCCGCGCCGUGGAGAAGGCCUUUGGGUCCCCGCAGGACAUUGAAGGCUGUGUGGAUCCACAGGACAGGAUUUUCAUUGUGCAGAGCAGACCGCAGGUGUGAUUCCGCUCUGCGCGAAAGUGGAACAGUGGGACAGACAUAUUUUUCUGCAUGCCGCACAUCGAAUCGCUUGAGUCUUUAGCUUAUGUUCCAUCACGUGCGGCUGACAGAGUUGCAAAAAUGUGCGCUGAGCGAUACCUGCAACGCAGAGCACGCCUCUAUCAGCAUUGUUCAAAGCAAGGAAGUCUCUCGUGUUGG